AUGGCUCGCUUGACCGUCCUCUUAAGUACUUUCUUCGCCUUGUUACAGGUGGCUCUUUCUGCUGUUAUUAGUGACGGACGAUACCGCAUCCUUCAGCAAGAUCAGCAAAUUAGCGCGGGUAAAAAAGUAGUGAAUUUCCCUGUCUUCCUAUAUCCCGAAAAUAAAGACUUGGAACAAGUCUGGCACAUUCGGUCCAUUGAUGAGGACCACAUAACCAUUACAAGCUCAGUGCCUAGCAAUUACCUUAUAGUACAUUCCUUGUCUACUGGGGUUGUGGUCAUUGAUCGGAAGCAGCAGAAAUGGAGGCUCCAAAAGAGUGAAAAACAAGGUUUCUACAACAUUCUCCUACCUGAAGGUCUCACAGAGGACGUUGCUAUUGGGAUCUUGCCAGACACACCCGAGCCACAUAUUCUUGCUCUACAGCCCAUUUACGGGCCCGGAAACGAUACAAUCCAUUGGGAAUUUCAGCAAGUUGAGUAG